GUCCAAAAUGGCGCUAUGUUUACGUCUAUGCAUAAUCGUUUUUUAUCCCUAGCAAGUCUCAUGGAGAGCUUCGGUGACUUUAUUCCCUGGAAAAGAUAAUCUGACGUAAAAAUUAACUUCAGUAACACGACAAACAGAAGUUCGCAGGUCUGUGAAUAUUAAGUUCACCAGAAGUAGAAGGAAGGAUGCAGACUGAGGCCACAGACUCUUCACUGAGAGAGGGCAUAGAGGCUCUGGGUGUGAAGGACGCAGAAAAACCUGCAGCAGGCAAAGAGGAGGGCAGCACAGAGCAACAGGACACUGAGAUGACUGCUGCCACAGAGGAGGAGGACACUGAAACCAAGGAUGAGAAAGAUGCAGACACAGAUGCUGUGGAAGGAGAGACAAACAAAGAUGAACCCCAGGCAGAUGCAGCAGUGGAUGGUGAAGAGGGACAGCAGGCUGCAGAAGUGGACAGUGAAUGGGAGCUGGCGUACAGUGACGAGGAAAUGGAGGACCCCAAAAGCUGGAUGCCCCCUCCUGCUGAGAUCAAAAGACUCUAUGAGCUCCUUGCUAAAGGAGAGAUGCUGGAAUUGAACUUUGUGCCCCUUCCUAGAAGGCCCCCUACACCUGAACGAACCCCGUCACCUGAAAGAGAUGAUGAGGAAGAGGCGGCGAAGGAAAGGGAGAGGGAGGAGAGAGAGCGCAAGCCUCCAACUCCAACUGAGUUUGACUUUGAUGAGGAGCAAACGCAAGCCACUCCGAAAAAUGCUUUCAUCAACAGACGCAGAACUCCAGGAUCUUCAGCCCGCUCUUCCGUGAAAAGGGAAGCUCGGCUGGACAAAGUGCUGUCAGACAUGAAGCGCCACCGCAAAAUCGAGGAACACAUCAUGCGUACGGGUCGAGACCUUUUCAAGAGUGACAAGAAGUUGGAGGAAGCCCUGUCUCCCAACAGCCAGAAGGAGCGGGAGAAGGAGAGGGAACGAGACAGCAACCCCAACACCAUCUUCUCCCCAAGACAGAGGAGAUACUGAAGUAUUAAGAAAGAUGAGGACUUGCCCAGAGGCAAACAAGGACAAUAGCUUUCCAAGGCUUUUUCAAAACUUGAAUUUUUUUAAUGUAACAAGUUUUUUCUAUGUUUUCUAUGUGUGUUUUGUAUGAUGGCAAUAAACCUUUUAACCCUGGA